AUGAAACUCAAAGAGAAUCGGUCCGUCGCCGUCUUAACUCCCGUCGAUCUCUUAUCGGCACAACAGCGGUCCCACGCUCACGCUUCACGUCAGCAACGAUUGUUACUCCCUGAUACAGCGCCCGCCGGUCUUGAUCCACAUACCAUUCUAGGCGAACGAGAAAAACGUAUUAAUGAACGCGUUCAGCAAAAACUUUUGACCCUGGAAAACAUUAUCUUGAACGAAAAUCAGAAUCGUCCUUUGAGGCAGUUGUUGAAUGAUUAUUACGAACAAACGGUGCGAAACGCGACUUCUUUCCAGCUGGAAAACAUUAUUCAAUUGAAAAGUCUGCAUUUGCGUGAGAAACAGUUCAAGCUACGUGAAGAAAUUGUCAAGGGCAUGGAAGAAGCCAACCGGUUAGCCACGUCGGUGGAUCGAGCUCAAUACAGAAAGAUGAUGAAACAAACGCUCAAAGAGGCCAAGAUGACAGAGAAACUUGAGAGGCAACAACGUCUUGAUCGUGAGAAACGCGAGAAACAGCGUCACUUGGAAUAUUUACAGACCAUCUGCAAUCAAGGCCGCGAGCUUGUGCUGUGGCACAAAGCGCAUCAAGGCAAAGCGGGAAAAUUGGGCAAAGCAGUCUUACAGUUCCAUUCGCAUAUUGAUCGUGAAGAACAAAAACGUUCAGAUCGACGUUCCAAAGAACGUAUCCGUGCUUUGCGCAAUGAUGACGAAGAAGCUUACAUGAAACUGAUCGAUGAAGCCAAAGACACACGUUUGACACUGUUGUUACGACAGACUGGAUCCUAUCUAGAAUCAUUAACGCGUGCCGUCGUCGACCAACAAAAUGAUCCCAUCCAUCAAAAAGACGAUGACAGCUUUUUACCUGAAGAAGCUGAUGAAGAAAGCAUGGAUCAAUCUGGGAACAAGAUGGAUUACUUUCGCAUGGCUCAUCGCGUUCAAGAAUCUGUAUCGCAACCUACGAUUCUCGUCGGUGGCAAACUCAAAGACUAUCAGGUCAAGGGAUUGCAAUGGAUGGUUUCAUUGUAUAACAAUCGAUUGAACGGCAUUUUGGCCGACGAAAUGGGUCUUGGCAAAACAAUUCAGACCAUCAGUUUAAUCACAUAUUUAAUUGAGAGAAAGCAGCAAAAUGGACCUUUCCUCAUCAUUGUUCCAUUAUCGACGUUGACCAAUUGGGCACUGGAAUUCGAAAAGUGGGCUCCCUCAGUCACCAAAAUUGUAUACAAAGGGCCACCGGAUGUGCGCAAGGAUAUUCAGAAACGGCAAAUCCGCCAUCGCGACUUUCAAGUGCUAUUGACUACGUUUGACUAUAUCAUCAAGGAUAGGCCGGCCUUGUCCAAAAUCAAAUGGAUGCAUAUGAUUAUUGAUGAAGGUCAUCGAAUCAAAAACACCAACUCCAGGCUCACCACUGUUCUCCGUCAAUACUACUCUUCCCGAUAUCGACUCAUCUUGACAGGCACCCCUCUUCAGAAUAAUUUACCAGAACUAUGGGCUCUCUUGAAUUUCAUCCUUCCAAAGAUUUUCAACAGUGUAAAGAGCUUUGAAGAUUGGUUCAAUACCCCUUUCUCCACUCAAGGUGUCCAAGACAAAGUGGAAUUGAAUGAAGAAGAACAGUUACUUAUCAUCAAGCGUCUGCACAAGGUUCUUCGACCUUUCCUGCUGCGACGUCUCAAAAAGGAUGUGGAAGCUGAGCUUCCCGACAAGAUUGAGCGUGUUGUAAAAUGCAAGCUGUCGGCUUUGCAAGCACGACUCUAUUCACAAAUGAAAAAGCACGGUGUGCUAUUCACCGGCGGUAACGGAAAGUCUGGCCGUACCAGCAUCAAGGGUCUGAAUAACACCAUUAUGCAACUUCGUAAAAUCUGCAACCAUCCAUUUGUAUUUGAAGAAGUGGAACGUACCAUCAAUCCUUUCCAAUUAAGCAACGAAUUGCUGUAUCGUACUUCGGGCAAAUUUGAGUUACUGGAUCGCUUACUACCAAAACUGAAAGCCACCGGACAUCGCGUACUUAUAUUUUUCCAAAUGACACAAAUCAUGGAUAUCAUGGAAGACUUUUGUCUCUAUCGAGGCCACCGUCAUCUUCGUCUCGAUGGUUCGACAAAAUCUGAUGAUCGAUCCCGUCUCUUGAAAGAAUUUAAUGCUCCCGAUUCGCCUCAUUUCGUCUUCCUUUUAAGUACGCGUGCUGGCGGUCUAGGCCUGAACCUUCAGACUGCAGACACCGUCAUUAUUUUUGAUUCGGAUUGGAAUCCUCAUCAAGAUUUACAGGCCCAAGAUCGUGCGCAUCGUAUCGGUCAGACAAAAGAAGUCCGUAUUUUCCGACUCAUUACCGAAAACUCUAUCGAGGAAAAAAUUCUUGCAAGAGCACAGUAUAAGCUUGACAUUGACGGUAAAGUGAUUCAGGCCGGUAAAUUCGAUAAUCGAAGUACGGAAGAAGAUCGAGAACGGUUCCUGAGAUCUUUGCUCGAGGAUAAAUCGGAUGAACAAGACGAUAAAAAUGAAGAGAAUGAAGAAUUGGAUGAUGAGGAACUGAAUCUGAUGUUGAAACGCUCGGAUCAAGAGUACGCCAUUUUCACCGCGAUCGAUGCGGAAAGACAACGCAUGGAUGCUGAGGAGUGGCGACGACGUCAGGGCGAUCAUCAUUCUAAGAAAUCGGAUCGAUUGAUCCAAGAUUGGGAGUUGCCCGAAGUUUAUCGCCAUGAUCAUCCUAUAGUCGACAGUUCAUACGUUGAUGACGCAUUCCUGGGUCGUGGCCAACGAGCUAAAGAAACGGUGCGCUACGAUGACGGUUUGACGGAAGGUCAAUGGUUAAGAGCCAUGGAGAAAGAAGCCGCUGCCGCUGAAGCCGACGUUUCUAAAAAGCGAUCUCAUCACGGUGAUACCGAAAUCACAAUAAAACGAUCACGCAUGCAAUAGGGUUCACUGCCCAUCAUCUACAAGCUGGAAAAAUACAUUGCCAAUUGUCCAUAAUACUUUUUAUCCAUAUCUAAAGGACACCUGUACAGCCUCUUUUUCCUUGGCAAAUAAAAACCAUCCAGUCACUAAUCCAUCAACUCCGUUAUUUAGACCUUUGUAAUUUUGUC